AUGCGUUUCUCGAGCCUUGUUGGCGGCCUAACUGCUAUCGGAGGAGUCGCCCUCGCCACUACAGUCGAAUCAGAUAAUUUCAAUGUGGUCAGCGCAUUGCAGGAUCUAGGAGUAGAUGUGGCUAGAAUCCCAGCAUUGGAGUCAUUUUCUGAAAGCCAGUCGUGGUCAACAGAAACAGCGUGUUCUAUUGCUUGUUCAAGCUUGAGCUUUUUGUUUGGUUCUAAAGUUUCAGCCCAGAAUAGUGCUGGAUACAGUAAUUUCACUGGUUCAUUUUGGUCAGUUCAACAAGAAGAGGUCCAGCCUCAUUGUGUUUUCCGGCCGACCGUGAAUACCGAUGUCAGCACUGCAGUCCUGCUUUCCCGAUUCACUGGCUGUCAUUUUGCAGCUAGAAGUGGGGGGCAUGCUGCAUUUGCCGGUGCCUCGAGCAGCCCCGGCGGUAUUAGCAUUUGGUUCAAGGAUAUGAAUGAGGUUACCCUGAACAACGACAGAUCGGUUGCUUCUAUUGAGCCUGGAAAUAACUGGCUAUCUGUCUACUCUGCGCUCGAGCCCUAUGGCCUGGCUACUAUCGGUGGCCGUGCGGCUAGCAUUGGAGUCGGCGGUUUUGUUCUCGGUGGUGGAAUCUCUUACCACUCCAACCUGUACGGGUGGUCUUGCGACAAUGUUCAAAGCUUCGAGCUUGUCACUGCGAGUGGUUCGAUCAUCAAUGUUAGCGAAAAAUCUUUCUCUGACCUGUACUGGGCCCUGCGAGGUGGUGGCAACAACUUCGGUCUUGUCACCAAAUACAACCUUUAUACCAUCCCUGCACCCCAAAUGUAUGGAGGAUCUAGAACAUUCCUCCAAACUGAAUUUACUGAUGUUGUGAAUGCCUGGAUCAAUGUUGUCAACAACGCCAGUGUGGACGGUCAUGCUCAGCAAUAUGUUGCAUUCGUACAAACCGGUGGAAUGAACAUCGCCUCAGCUGAGUUGACUUACACAAAGAACGACUCAAAUCCUGAGAUUUUCAAGCAAUAUCGCAAUAUCCCCGCGGUUUCCGAUACUUCAAGCUCAAAGUCCCUCGUCGAGUAUGUGAAAUAUUUGGAGACCUCCAAUCCCUUCGGUCUUCGCGAAGUCUACUGGCCAAUUUCAGUCCAAUUGAACGAGGACUUCUCCAACUGGGUCGUGGAUACUUUCUACUCGAUGAUUCCCCAGGUGGCUAAUGUCAGCGGCGCUCUACCAGCCCUUGUUUAUCAAGGAAUUACGGAACCGAUGCUCAAGAAAAUGUCCAAAAGGGGUGGUAACGCACUCGGUCUCGACUAUUCUAACGGACCUGUUCAUCUCAUGCACAUUUCCUGCUGGUGGACCAAUGAGUCCGAUGACGCGACCAUUUACGCCUUUGUCAACAGCUUCUGGGAGAAAGUGCUAGCCCAGGCUAAGAGCAUCGGUGUCUACAACGAGUAUAUCUAUAUGAAUUACGCUAGCAUGUUCCAGGACCCCAUUUCUGGAUAUGGCACUUCCAACAAGGCUCGGUUACAGAAGAUUGCCAAGAAGUAUGAUCCGGAACAGAUCUACCAGACUCUCCAACCGGGAUACUUCAAGCUCGAGGGUGCUCCUGUUACUGGAUCCUUCUAA